AAUUCUUACGAAGAUUCGAAGCAAGGCACCCUACGUUUGGACGGCUGGAGAAAAGGAAUUUGGUUCACAGGAUCCAAAACCUUCACAUGGACUCAGACCAAGUGAAGGAGAACCGAAUAUGUUGGCAACUUGGCUUGACUGGGUAGAUCCGAAGGAGAUUCUCGCCGUCUCUCUCCCGUUCAUGGCGAGCUGUCGGAGAACUCGCAUCGGUGCUUGGAAACUUCGCAUUUAGGGUUGGGGAUCCUUAUUUAUGCCCUCCUCUUUCUGUCCUCUUCGUAGUGGUUUUUGUUUCUUUCUCUAAUUCCUUCACACGUCCCUUGAAUUUUGCGAAUUUCUCUUGCUCUGUGUUUCCGGAAAAACCUGCCUGCCGGAAAUCUAGGGUGAACCAUCCGAAGUUUGUGCUAAAAAAUCUCAGGGGGAUUUUUGUCGUUGGGGUUUUGCAUUCAGGGGGAAGCGAAUUCUUGGAGAGUCGUGCUUUUGGGGGAUUCCUGUGUCGAUUUUUGGUACGGUUUGAUCCCUCCAUAAGCGAAAGAUUCGGUGAUCUGUCUCUUUCUGGUGAGAAUUAGGAUUCCUGGGGUUCUGUUUGGUUCAGAAGUUCGGUGGGUUUGGUGAUUUUUGGGUCGCUUGAUCGGUAACAAAUGCGUGCACCAUCGAUUCUUACUCAGUGCUUGCCUGGUUUGAUCCCGAACGACCGAGGAAGUCAUAGCAUUUCGGAGGCUUCGGAGAGGGAUCUUUCUGUUCCUUCGCCCGCCGUCGAGGUUCUCCCCUCAAAGACUGCUCAUCCUUACAAGUAUGCUGGAGAAAAUGUUGAUUUACACGGUUUGAAUCUCUUCAAGGGAAGAAUAAGUGUUGCUGAUAUAAUUGGGUUCACUAGUUCAGAAACGUUUCCUUCAAAAUCUGAGGGAUCCAUUAAAUCUUGGGAGGGCUCGAUUGAUCUUGUUAAUGUGCUUAAGCAUGAAAUUCGUGAUGGACAGUUGAGCUUUAGAGGCAAGCGUGUUUUGGAGCUUGGUUGUGGACAUGGAUUGCCUGGGAUCUUCGCCUGCCUUAAGGGCGCCUCUGCAGUUCAUUUCCAGGACCUAAAUGCUGAGACCAUAAGAUGUGUCACAAUACCCAAUGUCCUUGCCAACCUUGAGCAAGCACGUGACCGCCAAAGCCGUCAGCCUGAGAGCCCAUUGACUCCAACACGGUUGUCUGUGUCCCCAGAUGUGCAUUUCUAUGCAGGUGAAUGGGAUGAGCUCCCCACUGUCUUAUCAGUCGUGAAGAAGGAUGUUUAUGACAUCCCAAUAAAUAUGAGCCUCAGCUUUUCAGAAGAGGAUUUUCUUGAUGGCUGUAGUAGCCAGGAUGGCAGUGCCCUUGCUCCGGACUCUUCGUCAGCUAGAAGAUCUCGGAAGCUCUCAGGAAGCCGUGCAUGGGAACGUGCCACUGACACUGACCCAUCUGAGGGAGGAUAUGAUAUAAUUCUGAUGAAGGACAUUCCAUACUCGUUGACAUCCUUAAGAAAGCUAUAUGGACUUAUAAAAAAGUGCUUACGGCCACCAUAUGGAGUGAUGUUCAUAGCUGCGAAGAAGAGCUACAUUGGUUUCCAAGGUGGUGCUAAGCAGAUGAAGGCGAUGGUGGAGGAGGAAGGGAUGUUCGGAGCUCACUUGCUCACAGAGUUGGCCGACAGAGAGAUCUGGAAGUUCUUUAUUAAGUGAAGAAAAAAAGAAAGUGACUAGCAACGAAUCAAUCUUAACCAUAUAUCUGUAAAAUAAGAGAUGUUAUCUGUGCGCACUAGAAUUUCUUUCCAAUUUGUUAUAAAAAUAACGUAAAUAGUAUAUACAUAGGAAAGCUUGCUAGAACAUUGCCAAGCCCUUCCAUCUGUAAAAUUUCAUACAAUUUUUUUUCUUGUAAAUGUAGGCGCUUUUGUAUGGAA